CGUUCAGCCUCAGCUCCAACCUUGGAAUGUCCGCGCCAUCGAUUUGGGGACUGCGCCGCUGCUAGUGUGGCUGAAUCCUUCAGCGCCUUCCAUCGUUCCUGCUCUAUCUGACCUUUCUUGUUCGCAUGUCAUGUCACCGAUCGUGAUUUAGCACUGCCACCAUCAGGCGCCUCAUACACGUGCCAGAGCCCUUAAGAGCUGGAGAUUAUUCUUUUGUUCAUAUCCUGGAUAAAUCUUCACGCAUGCAGCUGCCAUUGUUAAACUUCGCUACAUCCACUACUUGGAAAGCAUCCACAGCCUCGAAUGGCAGCCUCCAUGUCGGAACCAUCAACCGACCUCACGUUUUCACCAGGGAAGGCUAGUCAGCUCUGGCCCGAGCCUUUGGAUACCCCCGGAUUGAUACCGCGCCAUCUCAAACGUUCUGCGACGGGUCAGUUUCCUAUCUUGGAAGUCAUUCAGCGUUUACUAUAUCGACUUAAGCCAAGCGGCGUUGGCGAUCUCGAAAAGAUACUCGCUCUUGUCGGCCUCUACCAAGCUGCGCAACCUGUGUACAAGCAUUUGAAAGGCCUCUUCAUAUGGGCUUUCACUGUUCAAGUCACCAUACCCGAGACCGAUCCAGUAGCUAGAGAAGUUCUGGCCUGGAUGGGGGCGGAGGUAAUACUGAACAGCCAUACAAGGAGUGCUAUGCUAGUCACAGGAGGUUUGCAGGACCCGAACGAUGAUUUCCAUCGUCGUAUGAUGGUUGCUCGCAACCCUGGGGCUGCAGCGGACAAAGCUGACGAAGAAGUCCUAUGCCUUCCACCGAUUGGUACACGACUAUUCUGGGUUGGCUUUAUGUUGGGUUGGAUACCUCGCCCGUAUGUAUUCUCUCGUCGAGGUGGAUUUGGUUACCGAAAUAACAGUGGUAUGACGGGUAACAUACUCGACGACAGCGGUCAGCUCCAGAAUUCACUCACCGUCAUGACCCUUGGAUGGAGCCUCAAGCCGCUCCGGGAUUUUACUAGGCUUUGUCACGACUUCAGAAUCAAGAACCUUACGGGUACCACGACAGUGUAUUUUGCGGGUGAUCGCACGGACCCUUACGGUAACGGCUGGCAGUCAGUCUCCAAGGCCAUUCGAAGGCUCGACACCAUUGACAUGGAUGAAAAAGUCAAAUCGGAUCUAGUAAGAGACGCAGAAUACUACUACAGCGAUGAGUCGCGUUCAUUCUUCGCCGACUGUGGCAUCCCAUACCGGCGAGGUUACCUCUUUCAUGGCCCACCAGGCACCGGCAAGAGCUCGUUCAGUGCUGCAUUGGCAGGCCAUCUCAGCUGUGACAUCUACCACAUCAACUUGUCAACCGGUAGCAUCAGCGAUGGAACACUUCACCGCCUGUUUCUAGGUCUUCCACGUAAGUGUGUAGUCGUGUUGGAAGACAUCGACUCUGCUGGUAUCGGUCGCGAACAAGGACCUUCAGAUGAUCGAACGGAAGCACUUCAGCAUGCGCAGGCAGCCAUCGAUGAGAUUCAUAGUAGACUUUUGAUAAUGACCUCUAAUGCCCCUGAUACUUUGGAUGAGGCUUUGACACGUCCUGGUCGCAUUGACAAGAAAGUCUACUUCGGAAACAUGGACGCUAGCGCUGGGAAGAGUAUUUUCAAACGCUUGAUUGGACGAUCUGCUCUCGCUCGUGACUCGGCUUUUACUAUGGAACAGGUUGAGCAAUGGGCAACAGAGUUUUCGGAUAGGAUGCCGAAUGAUAUCUUCUCCCCAGCGCAGGUGCAGAACUACCUCCAAGGCUGUCGAGGCGACCCUAUCAAAGCCCUGGAUGGUAUUGACGCCUGGAUUGCGGAGCACAAACGCGAUGCUCAGGGACUAGAUGAUCCCAAUAAUACUACUCGGGAUGGCGUAGCCUCCAACGUUCUUGUCAAAGAUAUGCCGGAUCUAACUGUGUAG